CACAUUUGGAUUCGACAUUAAUCAAACCCCACACUCAAUGCAAAGUUUAGGGAGAAGAAACCAAAGAGAUCAUCAUUAUCAUCAUCAUCAAUCCCUUGUCUUCUAAGUAUCAAUUGAUUCAUAGACAUCCUCGAAGCAUGUCUUCGACGGAGGCCAUCCAUAUUGUUAUUUUGCUCAUCUCUUCCCUCCUCUUCUCCACCGGGCUUUCUUCUUUGCAUCCUUUGGUUGCCCACUCUGCUGCCCGACACCGGAACUACACCGGGAUCUCAGAGUUCCGGCUGCUGAACAGAAGGAGUCUCCUCAAGUGUCCCGACGCAAACCCUUACCUGAAGAUCAGUGUCAGGGCAAAUUCUAGCCUUUCGGACGAUGAAUACGUCACGGUGAACGUCAGCGGUGUCUUGUCUCCCUCGAAGUCCGAUUGGGUCGCGAUGAUCACGCCAUCGAAUUCUGAUGUAUCAGCUUGUCCAUUGAACAAGGCUCAGUAUGUCCAAACGGGUGACCUUAGCGAUCUUCCCCUCCUUUGCCACUACCCCGUCAAGGCACAGUACCUGAGAAAUGACCCGGACUACCUGAAUUGCGGGAAGCAAGAAUGCAAGAAGUCUAAUGAUAAUGGCACCUGCUUGGUGGCCACCUGCAGCGGGUCCUUAUCGUUCCAUGUUGUAAACUUCAGAACUGACAUUGAGUUCGUGCUUUUCACCGGAGGAUUCUUGACUCCUUGCAUACUGAAGAGGACCGAUGCCAUCAGUUUUGCCAAUCCUAAGCAGCCUCUAUAUGCGCAUCUCAACAGCAUUGAUUCUACGGGAACAUCUAUGAGGGCGUCAUGGAUAAGUGGAGAUGGAGAAGCUCAACAGGUGCAGUAUGGAGAUGGCAAGUCAGAGACAUCACAAGUCGCCACAUUUUCUCAAGAUGAUAUGUGCAGUAAGGCUAUACCAAGUCCGGCAAAGGAUUUCGGUUGGCAUGAUCCGGGUUACAUCCACUCUGCAGUGCUGACAGGGCUGCAACCUUCAACAAGCUAUUCCUACAAAUUUGGAAGUGAUUCAGCCGGUUGGAGUGAUAAGAUCCAAUUCAAAACGCCCCCUACUGGGGGAUCAGAUGAGCUCAAGUUUCUUGCAUUCGGUGACAUGGGAAAAGCUCCCAAGGAUGCUUCAGUCGAGCACUACAUUCAGCCUGGAUCGAUCUCGGUGAUCGAUGCUAUGACAGAAGAAGUAAAUUCAGGCAAUGUGGACUCUAUAUUUCAUAUUGGAGACAUAAGCUAUGCCACGGGCUUUUUGGUGGAGUGGGACUUCUUCCUUCACCUCAUCACCCCCUUGGCAUCCCAUGUUUCUUACAUGACUGCAAUCGGAAAUCAUGAAAGGGACUACAUUGACUCAGGGUCGAUUUACGGUACCCCAGACUCGGGAGGCGAAUGUGGUGUUGCCUAUGAGACCUAUUUUCCAAUGCCUACUCCAGCCAAGGAUAAGCCUUGGUACUCAAUAGAGCAGGGGAGCAUUCAUUUCACGGUGAUCUCGACUGAGCACGAUUGGACUGAAACCUCGGAGCAGUAUCAAUGGAUGAAGAGUGAUAUGGCUUCAGUUGACAGGUCGAAAACUCCUUGGCUCGUUUUCAUGGGGCACAGACCUAUGUACACUUCCUCUACCGGGGUAUUUAGCGUCGAUAAGAGGUUUCAAAAUGCUGUUGAGCCUUUACUCCUCGAUAACAAGGUCGAUUUGGCUCUUUUUGGGCACGUUCACAAUUACGAACGGACUUGCUCUGUAUACCAAAGUGAGUGCAAGGCCUUCCCAGUAAAGGAUCAAGACAGGGUAGACGUGUACGACCACAGCAACUACAGUGCUCCGGUGCAAGCUGUUAUUGGCAUGGCGGGUUUCACUCUGGAUGGAUUUCCAGAUAAUGUGCAAGACUGGAGUUUAGUAAGGAUCUCAAAGUUCGGAUACUUACGAGGGCAUGCCACGAGAAAUGAACUAAAGUUAGAGUUUGUGGACUCCCGAAAGAAGGCGGUGGAAGAUAGCUUCCGCAUCACCAAAUGAACACCAUCUCCAAGGGGUCGACACAGCACUACACAAGGACAUACAUAAACAGUUUACACAGAAUAUACACAUCCGAGUGAUUUAUGGCAUAAGUAAUGCCACUGUUUUGAUUAAAAGGAUGUCCUUGUACAGGAGAGGGGUUGUUUUGCUUUACAAUAUCUAUAAUGAAGUAUACUAUACAGUGCAAUACGGUGAAUAUUAUUGAAACGGCUUGACUAACUGGUCCCCGUUUAUAUGGGCUGACUGCUCAACAUCGCAAUUAGAUUUUACCUCUCUGGCCGCGAUUUGUAGUGAA